AUGAAGUUUCUUGUGUUUUGUGUUCUUCUGGGUGCAGCAGCUGCAUUCCCAGUGGAAGAUGAUAAAAUUGUUGGUGGUUAUGAAUGUACAAAGAACUCUGUGCCCUACAUUGCAUCCCUGAAUGUUGGAUACCACUUUUGUGGUGGGUCUCUCAUCAACAGCAGAUGGGUUGUUUCUGCUGCUCACUGCUACCAGUCACAAAUUCAGGUUCGACUUGGAGAACACAGCCUGGAUGGAAAUGACGGAACUGAACAGUACAUUAACUCUGAGCGAGUCAUCAAGCACCCCAGCUAUAGCUCCAGCACAAUGAACAAUGACAUUAUGCUCAUCAAGCUAGCCAGUGCUGCAUCUAUCACCAGUGCUGUCAAAACUGUUUCCCUGCCAAGUUCAUGUGUUAGUGCUGGCACAAGCUGUCUCAUUUCUGGAUGGGGAAAUACCCUGAGCAGUGGAACUAACUACCCGGACCGUCUCCGAUGUCUAAAUGCUCCUGUCCUGACUGAUACUCAGUGCAAGAAUUCCUAUCCAGGCCAAAUUACAAGCAAUAUGAUCUGCGUUGGCUACCUUGAGGGUGGCAAGGACUCCUGUCAGGGUGAUUCGGGAGGCCCUGUGGUUUGCAAUGGACAGCUUCAGGGCAUUGUCUCCUAG